AUGGGAGAGAAGAUAUUCGACAGGCAACCAAACUGGAUUAUCCCACCGGCAAGAUCUUGCAACCAACACCCGGUUCGCUACCGCACUCCUACCCCGUACCCAAAGGACGACAGGAAACGAGUCGCAGAGCCCGCCUCGGCCGCCAUCGUUGUCGUCCCGGAGAAGGCAUUCGUGGUAGAGGCACCGGUAGUGAGCCAUGUCGAAGCGACCGGCAUUCGCAAACACCGCAUCAUGAAGCCAUGGAAGCCGCACGCCCACAACCCGCAAACGCCUGUCACAAUAACGUGGGAAAUGUCCCCACGUUUGAACCGGUUUGAACGCGUAGCCUGA